UGCUUCAUCACUUUCUGAAAGGCUGUUACGAAGGAGGAAAUCCUUACAACCUGAAGAAGAGAAAAGUGUGAAAGAAGCUUCUCAGUUCUCAUUGGAUCUGCUCUCUUCAUUAUCUUUUCCCCUUCUUAAUUCGCAUUCCUUCUCUAAGUCCACUCGCUUCCCUCUCCGUAACAUUCACUUAUCAUCCAUACCUAUACGUGCACUUUGUUCAUGCGCAUUUUCAGAUAGGGUCCAGAAGUUGAUUGCUUGGGCUGCAUUGGAUGGAACGAUCGAGGAAAUGGUGAUUUUCUGGCGCUUUAGCCUGAUGUUCCGGUGACGGACUUGAUUUCCCGGCGAAUUCGCCGGUGGAGCUCCACCGGAGAAGAUGUUCAGGUCGGCGAGACGGAGGAGCGAGAAGAACGAGGUCAAAGCUGUGUUAAAAUUUCAUUUCCAUGUAACUCAGGUUUUUCAGCUGAAUGUGGAUGCAUUGGUGAUGUCUGUGGUCCCUGGGGGCGUUGGGAAGCCAACAGCAAGACUAGAGAAGGGUAUACUCCGAGAGGGAAGCUGUCGGUGGGAAUAUCCAAUAUAUGAAACCGUGAAAUUCGCUCAAGACGCAAGAACAGGGAAGAUCAAUGAGAGAACAUAUCAUUUCAUUGUUUCAACUGGAUCCUCAAAAAACAGUUUGGUUGGAGAAGUUUCAAUUGAUCUUGCUAAUUAUGCAGAGGCUACAAAAGCCUCCACUGUUUCUCUUCCCCUGAGGAAUUCAAAAUCUAAUGGGGUUUUGCAUGUUUCAAUUCAGAGGCUGCAGGGGGGUAUCGAUCAAAGAGAUGUGGAGGAAACUGACAAUACAGACAUCCAAACCCAGAAUAGAACCCUGAACGCCCACUUAAGCAAUGGCGAAGAAGAAGGCAGUAAGAGCAAUUCUAAUGAAGUUGGACCACUUCAUGAUGCCAUCCACAUGUCUGAUGUAAAUGGUGACCGCAGAACAUCUAGUGGAUCUGACAUAACAAUGUCAAGUUCUGAGAGCAGCUCUGGGCUUAACACCCCAUGGGAACUUGGAUCGAGAAAUAAUUACAUCCUACAGGAUUCAACUAGCUUCCCAUCAUCUCAAAGCCAUGCCUCAGUUCCUCAUAAACCAAUUGCAAAUGUCUCAGCAAAGAUCUAUGAAGAGAAUCGGCAAUCACAAUGGGAGUGGUCAGCAGACUCUGAUCAUGGAAUAUGUAUUGACAACUCAAUAAGCGGUUCUCUAGACAACCUUACAGCAGAAAGAUCUCAACACAAUUCAGAUAUUGAGAUUGAAAAGCUCAAGGAUGAAAUUGUUUCUUUGGCUAGGCAAAUAGAUUUGUCAGAAUUGGAAUUGCAGACCCUUCGAAAGCAAAUUGUAAAAGAAAGCAAAAGGGGUCAGGAUCUCUCAAGAGAAGUCAUGAGCUUGAAAGAGGAGAGACAUGUUCUCAAGGCGGAAUGUGAGAAACUUAAAGCCUUCCAGAAACGUAUAGAGGAGGCAAAAAGCAAAAAUAAGUUGCAGUUUGAGGGUGGAGAUGCACGGGUUCUUCUUGAAGAAAUCAGACAAGAACUGAAUUAUGAGAAGGACCUGAAUACCAAUCUUCGAUUACAACUGCAGAAGACCCAAGAAUCAAAUGCUGAGCUGAUACUUGCUGUGAAAGACCUAGAAGAAAUGUUGGAGCAGAAAAGUAAGGAAACAUCUGAUCCUUCAAAUAAAUCAAGAUUCUCUGAGAAUGCUAUGUCACAAAGUGAUACUGAUGAUGAUGAAGAGCAAAAGGCAUUGGAAGAACUUGUUAAGGAGCACAAAGAUGCUAAAGAAACAUGCCUACUAGAGCAAAGGAUCAUUGAUCUCAGCAGUGAGAUAGAGAUCUAUAGGAGAGAUAAAGAUGAGCUAGAGAUGCAAAUGGAGCAGCUUGCACUUGACUAUGAGAUAUUGAAGCAGGAGAACCAUGACAUGUCAUAUAAAUUAGAGCAAAGUCAGCUGCAAGACCAACUGAUGUUGCAGUAUGAAUGCUCUUCGUUUGCCAAUAUAAAUGAACUAGAAGCCCAGAUUGAGAGCUUGGAAAAUGAACUCCAGAAGCAGUCCAAAGCAUAUUCUGAGUCUCUGGCGACCAUAAAUGAACUGCAAACCUAUAUCAAGAGCUUGGAGGACGAACUGGAGAAGCAAGCUGAAGGUUUUGAAGCUGAUCUUGAAGCUGUAACUUGUGGAAAAGUUGAGCAGGAGCAAAGAGCCAUCAGGGCAGAGGAAGCCUUAAGAAAGACCAGAUGGAAGAAUGCUAAUACAGCUGAGAAGCUACAGGAGGAAUUUAAAAAACUGUCCAUGCAAAUGGCCUCUACAUUUGAUGCAAAUGAGAAGGUAGCCAUAAAAUCGCUGGCGGAAGCUAAUGAUCUGCGUAUGAAGAAAAGUCAACUUGAAGAAAUGCUUCAGAAAGCUAAUGAGGAUCUCCAUUCAGUUAGGGAUGAUUAUGAGACAAAACUAUGCUACCUUUCCAGCCAAUUAAAUUUCAAAAUGGAUCAGAUAGAACAAAUGUUGGUGGAAAUUGAUGAUAAAAGAAAGCAGCUGGAACAUAAAAAAAAACAUGAGGAGGAACUUGUUGGAUCUUUCUCACAAGAAAUCCUUAGGCUAAAAAAUGAGCUUGAAAAGUGCACAAUGGAAAAUAAUAUCCUUUCUGAACAAGCAGAACAUAAAGAAAAUAUGAGAGUUGAAUUGGAACAGUUGAAGGCAUCGAUUAAGCAUACUGAAGAGCUGGUACAAAAAGGAAAUAUAGAAAGGAAUGAACUGGUGAGCACCCUUGCUUUGAUGAAGAAGGAAGGGGAGAAGUUGAUGGAGGAGUUAAAUAAAAUGAAAUCUCUCAAGGAUGAGAGGGAGACAGCAAUGGGUCUCAUGCAGACAGAGGUGGAAUCACUGAAAGCUCAGUGUAAUGACUUGAAACAUUCUCUCUUUGAAGAUGAGUUGGAGAAAGAAAAACUUAGAAAGCAAGUGUUCCAGUUAAAGGGUGACCUUAAUAAGAAGGAUGAUACGAUCACUAGUAUUGAGAAGAAGCUCAAGGAAAGCAACAAACGCACAGCAGUAUCUGAUAGCACAAGAAUGACUCUCAGAAACAAUAAAUCUGCUCUAGCUUCUCAUGGCUCCAAAGAGGCUACAAAUCUGAGGGAGAAAAUAAAAUUGCUUGAGGGACAAGUAAAGCUAAAGGAAACUGCUCUAGAAACCUCAGCAAAUUCAUUUUUGGAGAAGGAAAGGGAUCUGCUAAAAAAAAUUGAAGAGUUAGAGCACAGAGUGGAAGAACUCAAUCAAAACAGUGCAAUUUUAUUUGAAAAGCAAUGCCAAAAGUUGCCUGAGGACACCAUUGGCAAUACUUCAAAUGGUGGUUUAGCUGAAGAUAUAAGAAGCACAUAUGAGAAUCUGAGCAAUACAGCAUGGAUGUCCAAAGAGAAUGGAAAUGCAAAAUCAUUAGUCAAGAGAAAUUCUGCCAUUAUAUCAGAGAAAGAACUGAAAACCUGUGUCAUCAGCAACGGAGAAUGCAAUACUAAUGAGUUACUGAGUGAAUUAGAAUCAUUGAAGGAGAGAAACAAAUCAAUGGAAAAUGAACUGAAGGAGAUGCAAGAGAGAUAUUCAGAAAUAAGUCUCAAGUUUGCAGAGGUAGAAGGAGAGAGACAACAUCUUGUGAUGACGCUACGACACCUAAAGAAUUCCAAGAAACGGUAAUCAUUUUUCCUGAUAAACAGAAACCUAUAAACUGUGUAUAGCUUAAGCGGCUGGGUGUGUCCACAAGGAAAUUCUAUAUGUAACAGUUCUAUCAGAGUGAAUAAUCAAUUUGUACAAAAGUAAUAGCAAUCUGAAUGUAGGUAAAGUUUCUUCAAUUCAUGUUAUUUUGUAAUUCCUUAAAA